GAGCUGCGGCGGGCGGGAGCGGCGGGGUGCAGCCGCCUGGGCCGCAGCGGGGAUGCGCCGCGGAUCUCGGCGAGGAGGUGCAGUUCAGCUGAGAUUGGAUUCCUCUUUGGCUGUACAUAAACUGUGGAAUAAAAGGAUGCAUAAGGCUAUCCCUUGCCUUUUUGUACAUGAAUGAUAAGAGCACAAGAUCAUUACUACAAGUUUGCUGCAAAGAUGAGUUCAGAGGAGAAGAGUAUAUCUCCAGCUCACAAAACAUCCACUCCGUCACAUAGAAGUGCCUCCUCUUCAUCAUCAUCUCAGAGGGACAGGAGGCAGAGCAUUCAUAUUUUGGAACGCAAGGCUUCUUCAGGAAGCACAGACCCUUCUUUUAGCAAGCAGUUCCUUGAAAGUGACCCUGUCUCUUUAUCCAAGGAACCUGACAGCUGGGAAAUCAUAGAGGGUCUGAAAAUAGGCCAGACUAAUGUCCAGAAGCCAGACAAACAUGAAGGUUUCAUGCUGAAAAAGAGAAAAUGGCCUUUGAAAGGCUGGCACAAGAGGUUUUUUGUCCUGGAUAAUGGAAUGUUGAAAUAUUCAAAGUCACCAAUAGACAUACAGAAAGGCAAGGUCCAUGGGAGCAUUGAUGUUGGUUUAUCAGUUAUGUCUAUAAAAAAGAAGGCUCGUAGAAUAGAUCUUGACACAGAAGAGCACAUCUAUCAUCUGAAGGUGAAAUCCCAGGAUUCAUUUGACGCAUGGGUUUCAAAAUUACGCCACCACCGGUUGUACCGUCAGAAUGAGAUUGUGAGAUCUCCCAGGGAUGCUAGCUUUCACAUAUUCCCUUCAGCCUCUACUACGGAGUCUUCACCAGCUGCUAAUGUGUCAGAUGGAAAGGUGCAACAAAAUAGCUUCCCCUGGCAGUCUUCUAUACCUUGCAGUAAUAGCCUUCCUGCCACCUGCACUACUGGUCAGAGUAAAGUAGCAGCAUGGUUGCAAGACUCUGAAGAGAUGGACAGAUGUGCAGAAGAUCUUGCUCAUUGUCAGUCAAACCUUGUGGAACUCAGUAAACUACUUCAAAAUUUAGAAAUACUACAGAGAACUCAGUCAGCACCAAAUUUCACAGACAUGCAGGAAGGGCCGGCACCGAAGGGCCAAUUCAGCACAACACGACGCCGGCAGAGACUAGCAGCUGCAGUGGCUACAACAGUCCCUUUCAGUGCUACAAUGUCACCCGUUCGACUGCAUUCAUCCAAUCCCAACCUUUGUGCAGACAUUGAGUUUCAGACUCCUCCAAGCCAUGUAACAGACCCUCUGGAAUACUCUACCGAGUACAUGAAGCUUCAAGAAGAAUUCUGCUUGAUGGCUCAAAAAGUGCAUUCUCUUUUGAAGUCUGCCUUUAACAGCAUAGCAAUAGAGAAGGAGAAGCUUAAGCAGAUUGUUUCAGAGCAGGAUCUUACAGGCCACAAUGCUCAAAUAACACACCUCAGACAGUCCCUCUCUCAGGCUCUCAACCAGAAUGCUGAACUAAGGAGUCGCUUGAACAGAAUACAUUCAGAAUCUGUUAUUUGUGAUCAGGUUGUCAGUGUAAAUAUUAUCCCUAGUCCUGAUGAGACAGGUGAACAAAUUCAUGUCAGUUUGCCAUUGUCUCAACAAGUUUCUAAUGAGAGCAGACUCUCUAUGUCUGAAUCUGUUUCAGAGUUCUUUGACGCACAGGAAGUGCUUCUAUCUGCCAGCUCAUCAGAAAAUGAGGCUUCUGAUGAUGAAUCUUAUAUCAGUGAUGUGAGUGAUAAUAUAUCUGAGGACAACACCAGUGUUGCAGACAACAUUUCUCGGCAAAUUCUUAAUGGUGAGCUAACAGGAGGUGCAUUCAGGAAUGGACGGAGAACUUGUCUCCCAGCUCCCAGUCCUGACACCAGUAACAUCAAUCUGUGGAAUAUUUUGAGAAAUAACAUUGGCAAAGAUCUUUCCAAAGUAUCCAUGCCAGUUGAGCUAAAUGAACCUCUGAAUACCUUGCAACAUCUUUGUGAAGAACUGGAAUACAGUGAACUCUUGGAUAAGGCUGCUGAAACAGAUGAUCCUUAUGAACGCAUGGUUCUCAUAGCUGCUUUUGCAGCUUCAGGCUAUGCCUCUACCUACUUUAGAGCAGGAAGCAAGCCAUUUAACCCAGUGCUUGGUGAAACUUACGAAUGUAUUAGAGAAGACAAAGGAUUUCGAUUUUUCUCAGAGCAGGUUAGCCACCAUCCUCCCAUUUCAGCCUGUCACUGUGAAUCAAAGAACUUUGUGUUUUGGCAAGACAUCAGGUGGAAAAACAAAUUCUGGGGGAAAUCAAUGGAAAUUCUGCCAGUUGGAACCUUGAAUGUGACACUUCCGAAGUACGGAGACUACUAUGUCUGGAACAAAGUCACUACUUGCAUACAUAAUAUUCUUAGUGGGAGGAGGUGGAUAGAACACUAUGGAGAGAUUACUAUCAGAAACACAAAAAGCAGCGUUUGUAUUUGUAAACUCACAUUUGUCAAGGUGAACUACUGGAAUUCAAAUGUAAAUGAGGUGCAAGGUGUUGUGAUAGAUCAAGAAGGGAAGAUGGUUCAUCGCCUUUUUGGAAAGUGGCAUGAAGGCCUAUACUGUGGGAUUGCACCUUCGGCCAAAUGCAUAUGGAGGCCAGGCUCCAUGCCAACCAAUUAUGAACGUUAUUAUGGCUUCACAAGAUUUGCUAUUGAGCUCAAUGAAUUAGAUCCUUUACUGAAAGACCUUCUUCCUGCAACAGACGCACGAUUCAGACCAGAUCAAAGGCUUCUGGAGGAAGGAAAUAUAGAAGCAGCAGCAUCUGAGAAACAAAGAAUAGAGGAACUCCAGAGAGCUCGGAGGCGGUACAUGGAAGAAAACAGCAUUGAAUAUGUACCCAAAUUUUUUAAAAAAGUUAUCGAUGCUAAUCAAAGAGAAGCCUGGGUUACCAAUGACACCUACUGGGAACUGCGAAAGGAUCCUGGCUUUAGUAAAGUAGAAAUUCCAGUACUCUGGUAAACUGAGAAUGUAGUUCUAGUAAACAUAUCACUCUGAAGAAAAAAGUAACUAUGCACAAUAUGUUUCUUAUAGCUAAGCGUGGUUUAUGGGUCUACGGAAAACCCCAUCAUUCACAUUUAUAUUCAUCUUUGUAAUGGACUUUUGAAAGUGCAUUAGACCAGGCCCCUGACCACUUCUGGAUCUUUUUAAUUUUGCAGCAGCCAUUGAAAAAAAAAAAAAAGAAAAGAAAAAAAAAAGAGAAAGAAACAGAAUCCUUUUGAAGUUUCAUACACUGAAAAUUUAAAAUAAAGAAGCAGAUGAGAUAUCCAAAGUCACUCAGAAGAGCUGGUAAAUGCUGAACUGCAACCGGUGCUUUAAACAGACAUUAAGAGUAAUGUAAUUUAAAAAAAAAGGAAAAAAAAGUGAAAAAAAUCCAUUUUGUUUCAACUAUUUUUGUUAAAAACUCUAGGGUCAUAACACUGUCAUUUCUGGCUUUAGGUUAGUCCCUUGAUGUGAUGUGCUUGGACUGGCCUUUGUUAAAAAGAUAUGCUUUUCCAGAAGCUAUUCCCAUUCAUAUGCCAUUGUUCAUGCCUUAAACAAAAUAUGAAGAUGUACAGUAAAUAAUUUUAAAAUAUGUAUGCUUAAGCUUGUGUGAAGGGCAGAUUUUUAAAGCACUAGAAUUUUAUCAUGAUAAAAAUACUAGAGAACUUGCUAACUGUUUCACAGGAAUGAGAUCUACUGUACAUGCUUUAGCUGUGGGAAGCUGGCUGUCUAAUCAGAGUGAAAAGAAACUGUGGGCUGGUUGAAUUUCAGGCAAUUUUGGUAAAUGCAUAUGAAUUGCUAGUCAGAAAGUUCAUAUUAUAAAUGACUGAUACUGGGAUGCAAUCAUCACUUUUACCACUGGCUGGGCAUAGUCUCACAGUGACUCUUAUUUCCCCAUAACUAUUUACAGAAUUAGAAUACCCUGAAGCUUUGCAACAGCAUUAAAAGCACAGAAAGAUUUCAUUAGAAGGUCUCUGGCUUCUCUCCAGAAGGUGGAUAGUACUGUAAAUGAAACUGUUUUUGUGCCACACAUACUGUUUACUGGCUCUUUUCCCCAUUGACUUUUCUUAUCUAAAUUUAUAUUUGAGAGUAUGGCUGAGGCUCCUACACUUUGUAGCUACUACUACUUCUGUUGCCAAAUUAGAUUUUGUGCAAAAUUAUAUUUUACAGUGUUACAUAAAGCUAUUCUAUAUUUUUUGAUACAGGACCAAGUCUCAUAUGUGUUGUUAAGUUAAUAUAUGUGGGAGAAGGCUUGGCACUUUCUAUUUUAAAAACCUCUGAAACAUUAAACUGUAGGAGGGCAGACUUUAAUAGAAUGAAAAAAGUAAUUUCAUUAGGUAAAAACUGCCUGCAUUCCUUAUGGUAUGGUCUAGUCUGCCAUUUAUGCAUGUGUUAUACAUCCACACACUGAUGACAGGUUAGAUUUCCUGCUUAUACACUGUAUUUCUUUCUACAUAUUCAUAGCUUAUGUAGUGCACUUGAAUUUUUCUAUUUAAGAUUGCUUCCAGUACUGAAACUUAAAUAAUUUUCUUAGAUAGGUAUGUGAUCCUGUCAGCGAAGCUUUUUGAACAGUUCUUGGUAGAUUACCACACAUACCCAGCUCUCCAUCUGCAUCUUCCUUUUGCAGAGUCACGUCGCUAUGGAACUGAGAUUAUUUUGAUUAUUUAACAUGCAUUUAGUUCUCCUCCUUAUUUGUGUGGCAAAGCAACUGGCAGAGCAACUAGUUCCUAAUGAAUUACAAUUCCUUCACAUGCUUCUGUUAUUAGGAAGAUCUAUAAAAGCCUCAAAAGAUCAUCUAGUCCAACCCCCCUGCCAGAGCAGGACCACCUACAGUAGGUCAGGAACUCGUCCAGGUGGGUUUUGAAUGUUUCCGGAGAAGGAGACUCCACAACCCAUCUGGGCAGCCUGUUCCAGUGCUCCAUCACCCUCACAGUGAAGAAGUUUUCCCCUGUAUUUCUUUGGAACCUCUUAUGUUCCAGCUUGUACCUGUUGCUCCUUGUCCUAUCAUUGGACAUCGUUGGGAAGACCCUGACUCUGUCCUUCUGACACCUGCCCUUUACAUAUUUGUAAACAUUAAUGAAAUCACCACUCAGUCUCCUCUUCUCCAAGCUAAAACUGUCUGCAAAUUAACAGGAUUUCUUCUAAAGGACAUUUUGAAUUAUUCCAGGAGUGAUGACUUUUUCUUUCCUAGCUGAACCUAGCCCAAUGGGAUUUUUUUAAUUCUGCAGUUGUUUUAAGAAAGUGAAAUCUAUCAAAGCUUUUGUUUUCUGAACCAUUUAUGGUUAACUUCAUCUUACUUGUUUUAAUGACAUGCUAUGAAACAAAUUGAUACAUUGUGUGCAAAGUAGCGGUUAAUGAUUCUGUGUCACUUGCCUAAACACCAGUAUUAUUAAACAUUUGCCCACUUCAUGCUUCAGUCUUUGUGUGCAGUUCACUGAGAUAUUAGAAAGCAUUAUGUACAUAAGACUGUAAGUACAUUUGAAAGACAGAAACUGCAUAUCUUCAAAUUUUUUUUAAUGUUGCUUUUAAAUAUAGAAAUAAGGUCUUUAGUUUUACAGUGUUCUGCCAGUGCUUUGUUAAUGACGUUAUUUGCAAUGCAAACUGAAAGUUUGUGAACACUAAAAAUGCUCCUGUUAAUUUUUAAUUAUUUUUCAAAAAUUGUUUAUUUGACACUCAUUGGAAGAAAAAGAAUAACAUUUUUAGCAUUAAAAAAAAACCCUGUGAUAUGCCAAAUCUGUCUAUUAAAGGUACUUUUCAAGCCUACUCAAUGUUAAAUUAGUACAUUAGUAAGUAGAGGAAACACAAAACAAUGCAUUACAGAAUAUUUGCAGUCUAUCAGAAAUUGAGAAGUGCUAGCAGGUGUAUCAUAAAGCAGUUUCACACAGUGCAUAAUUCUCUGGAUUCUGUGCAAAAUCUUUUCCUGCAGCCUUGAGGGGGGAUAUCAUAACAUAUUUUCCACUGUUUCUAAAGACAGUGCUUUAACAGAGGGUGGGGAUGGGGGCAUCUAUCCAAAUUACAAUUUUUAGACAGCCUCUGAAAUUUCACCAGCUUUCCACAUCGCCUUUCAGUGUAGCACAGAAGAGGGUUUUCACAUUGCAGUGACAACACACUGUUGGCCCCUUUGCAGCCUGGGACCCGUCAUAAGUGCCUCCUGCUUUUUGUCACAGCUGCUCCUCAGCUGUCCCUUCCCAGCACAUGGGAUUUUUCACCCCAAAGGCAGACCUUCACUCUGUUAUUGAACCUGGUGAUAUAUAGCCUGAUACUCAAAAUGAGCAAUGUCCUUCUGAUUGAAACUCUGCAUUAGGCGUGCUAUCUUAACUUGUUAGGAUGUCGUCUGCAUCUUUGCCCAGAUCACUGUUGAGGUGUUAAUUUACAUGGGCCACAAACUUGACCCCUGCAGGGCUGUCCUCGUUGCUGGCUUCCGGUGGAGCAUAAGCCAUUGACUAUUAGCCUUCAAGUCUGGGGACCUGGGCAGUUUUCAGCCCACCUCAUUCCAUUAGCAGCUCAGUAGAUUUCAUUGCUAUAAUUUUAGUAUGUGAUGAAAAUGACUGCAA